AUGGCAGAGCAGGACGUAGAUAUCUUGAAAGAUGUUAUCUCUAUUGGCCCCUACUGCGCGCCAUACGGCCAAAGCAACAGACGAUGGACGGAAGUCGCCGUUAACAUGCGACCGAUUUACGGCGAAAGCAUCAGUGCCUAA